AUGUCCACCAGCCCGUCUCCCUCCCCAUCUGUGUCAAGUACAAGUACCGUCAGAACACUCUCCGUCGGCGGCCGUGACACCCACACAGACAUAGACAAUACCACGACCGAGUCUGAGUCUCGCCCGGGCUCAAAAGGCAGCCGGUACCCGGUCGAUCCUCGAAGACCACCACCGCCCCCCUUCAUUGUCAAUGCGCCAAUGGACUUGGAGAAAAUGGCCAUCAGUAGUCUUCAUGCCACUGGCACCGCCGACGCGAACGCGACUGCAGCAAACUCUCUACGUGCAGUCACAGAGCGGACGUAUUUGGGCAGUGGAACGUAUGAUGACCCAUACGUUGUGGACUGGGACUUGAACGACCCGGAAGACCCGUACAAUUGGCCAAGCAUUGGGAAAUGGGCCAUCACCGCUCAGUUAGCGCUAUGUACAUUCACUGUCUCGUUCAGUAGUAGCGCCUACACUGGCGGUAUGCAAUACACCAUGCGAGACCUCGGUCUCUCCGAGAACGUCGCGAUUCUUGGGAUAUCGCUCUACGUCCUUGGUUUCGCAUUAGGACCACUCGUAUUUGCUUCGAUGGGCGAAAUGUAUGGACGGAGAACAGUCUUCCUAGUGACCUCGUUCCUCUACAUGGUGUUCCAACUCCAAGGAGCCCUGUCACACAACGUCGCGACCCUCCUCUCAUGCCGCCUGCUAACUGGCAUCUUCGGUGCAUCCCCAUUGACUAACGCUGGAGGCACGAUCAGCGAUAUAUUUAAUUUUCGCGAGCGAGGACUUGCCUCUGCUAUCUAUGCCACGGUGCCAUUUCUAGGUCCAGUCAUCGGACCAAUCGUAGGAGGUUUCGUGGCAGAAAACCCUCGCCUAGGAUGGCGCUUUAACUUUUGGCUCAUGUUCAUCUUUUCGGUCUAUGCCCCCGUCCUUCUCCGUCGCCGAGCGCAGAAACUUCACAGAGCAUCCGGGAGAACGGUCCACUUCGUCUCGCUCCAUGACCGAAACCAAUCCAAGUCUCUGUCACAAGUGAUGAGACGGAAUUUGAGUCGGCCAUUUGUAUUCAUUGCAACCGAACCGAUCGUCCUCCUCGUCGCCAUCUACAGUUCAAUCGUCUACGGGACCCUAUAUGCCCUGUUCUCCGCCUUCCCUAUCGUCUUCCAACAACAUCGUGGGUUCACACCUGGACAAGGCGGCCUCGCCUUUGUCGGCGUAGGCCUCGGUAUCUCACUAGGAACGGCAUCUCAAACUAUCCAGAACAGGAUUUACUGGCGAAUCAUGGAUAAAAGCGAGAGUGGUCGAGCUCCCCCGGAAGCCCGUUUGCACAUGGCCCUCCUAGGCGGCCUCCUCGCACCCCUGGGCCUCUGGUGGUUUGCAUGGACAACACCCCCACCCAUCCACUGGUCAAUUCCCCUCCUCGCCUCCAUCCCCUUCGGCACCGGCAUCUCCCAAAUCCUCCAAAGUCUCACAACCUACCUCAUGGACACCUACACCAUCUACUUUGCCUCUGCUAUAUCCGCAACAGUGGUCCUCCGCUCGAUUUGUGCGGCAGUAUUUCCCUUGUUUUCACCUGCCUUGUUUGCGAGGCUGGGAGACGAGUGGGCUAUGAGUGUGUUUGCUAUCUUGUCGACGGUUUGCGUGCCAAUUCCUUGGUUGUUUUGGAAAUAUGGUCCAUGGAUCAGAAGUAAAUCCCGGUACGCGUUCAAAGACGGCAGCUCGACAUCAGAAACCAUGUUCUCUUCUCAGACAGAGCACACAGUCUGCGACGGAGUCGACGGUGGUGCGCCUGCGCAUCCCCAAGACUCAACAACCCAAUGUAACGAAAAGCACGACCACGAAUCGGAAAAGGCCCAAGCGCCCGAUUCGACAUCCGCGAUUCCGAGGGGCACAACCACCACAUCACCCCGUUCAUAG